AACAGUCCUUUAGGUAUGUCAGCGUUUCAGAAGGGUAUUCACUUUUAUGGAAUUCUACUUGAAAACAUGUUCGAUGACAAUCACAAGUAUAAAUCCUUAUUAUCAAAAAUGAUAGCCGAUGGUCUCAAUAAUGAAACUAUUAAACCACUCCAAGUGAAAAUUUUUCCAAAAACAAAUAUCGAAGAAGCUUUUAGAUAUAUGGCGAGUGGAAAACAUAUGGGAAAAAUAAUUUUAAAUAUUCAGGAAGAAGAUAAACCUUUGGACAAUCACAUACUCGCAUAUCCUCGCUAUUAUUGUCUCAAAUAUAGAAGUUACAUUAUACUAGGUGGACUAGGUGGAUUUGGCUUGGAGUUAACUGACUGGCUGAUAUUUCGAGGCGCUAGAAACGUGAUAUUGGUUUCACGAACUGGAAUAAAAAAAGGUUAUCAGCGUAUGAAAGUUCGCCUGUGGAAGUCGUACGGUGUAAAUGUGCUGAUUGUCAAGGACAUUGAUGUUGCUAACAUUCAGGAUUGCGAAUAUCUUUUGCGAACUGCGGAAAGAGAAGGACCAGUGGAGGCGAUAUUCAAUCUUGGUGUGGUAUUGAAGGAUAGUGUUUUGAAAAAUCAAACUGCUGAAACCUUUGCAGAGUCCUUCCAAUCGAAGGCUCGAGCAACUCAAAUAUUGGACAAACUUACUAGAAAGAUCUGCCCUAAACUGCGGCAUUUCGUCGUAUUCUCUUCCGUUUCUUGUGGCAGAGGAAACGCUGGCCAAACUAAUUAUGGCAUGGCCAACUCCGUCAUGGAGAGAGUGUGCGAGAAGAGAGCGGAGGAAGGAUUACCUGGAUUGGCAAUUCAGUGGGGAGCUAUAGGCGACGUUGGUCUCGUCGCGGACAUGCUGGAAAAAGAUAAAGAAUUGAUUAUCGGUGGCACUUUGCAGCAAAAAAUAGUCAACUGUCUCGAUGAGCUCGAUAAAUUUUUAAUUCAAAACCGGCCAGUUGUGAGCAGCAUGGUCGUAGCUGAAAAGAAAGCGGGAUCUUAUGGACUUGGCAGUGUAGUCGAUACUAUUGCCAAUAUUUUAGACUUAAAAGACGUGAAACUUGUAAGUCGGAAUGCGGCUUUAGCCGAACUUGGAAUGGACUCUAUGAUGGCCGUUGAAAUCAAGCAAACUCUUGAACGAGAAUUUGAUAUUUUUCUAACU